CUGAGGCUAGCACCAGUCACGGCUCCGUCCCCAUCGUCCGGCAUACCUCCUACCUCCAUCUCCUUCCUCCUUCCAAUCUUCCUCCCUCUUCUCCUUCGGAAAGCGAGGAAAACAACGACGAUCUAACCCUCUGUCUUCUUUCUCCCUCCUCCUGUCCCUCGUACUCCUCUCCGAUCUCGCCAUGAGUUUUAUCAUGGAGCAGGUUCUGGACUUACAGCUGCCGCAGUCACGUGGCAACAUCUCGGAAAUUAGGCAAGUUUGUCACCCUCGGCUCAAUACGGAUCUCCGCCGUCUGAUGCGAUUCUUCUGCGACGAAGGUAUAUGUGCCGCCGCCGCGUUUCGGAUAGAAGGAAGCCCUCACGCGAUAAUAUUCACAGAGGUUACUGCAGUUCAUCUGCGAGCGGGUCCCAUAACGAGCCAUGUCACCACAGCGACGGGAUUCACUGGCGACAUCAGCUCGGUCAAUAAGCUGAGGCAUACCGCGAUCUUGGCCUCGCUGUGCGAGUGGACGGAGCAAGUGUCCAACGUAUGGCAGCACGUCCUCGCCCGGGAAGUGUAUAACAUCAUCCCGAACUCUGCAUCGUAUCUUGACGGAAUUGUCUUUCUGCCUCGCCCGAGACAAGUGAAGUGGACGGGCACUGUCGAGCACCCCACGUGGAUCGAGAGUCCGAAGCUGCUAAUCAUACAAGGUUGGAGGACUAACGUGGAAGGAAAUCUUAUCGGAUUCCUCUUUGGAUCGGUACAACCGGGUCGCCGUCUGUUGAUUGCACAUGAGCUCAUCGCACCAAUUGUGCAAUUGGCGGACGACCUCUCGCCCGACAUCUACUUUCAAAGUGACAACAGUCCUGCUCCGUACAUUUUCGAGCGAUUCUUGGACCCGUACCUUCAGUGGACUUCGUGCUUGGAGGAGCCUAGGAACGAGGAUACGCUACCAUCGUGGCAGGAGUAUCUGAAGCCGUACGAGAUCAUCCCUUACGCCUUCUACCCGAGGGCAGAAGAAGUGGUGUUCGACGACGACGAAGAAGAAAACGACGACGAGGAAACAUCGGAGGAGGGAAGCCAUAGUGAACAUAGCGAGGGCGAGUUGAGUGAGGAGGAAGAGAAAGAAGAAGGAACCGGGUCCGAGUGGGAAGCCCCGCCGGCGAAAACGACACGUACGGAAACGGAAGCGGAAGAUUCGGAAGCGGCGCGAAGCCCGAAGAUGGCGGCCCUGCAGCUGCCACCUCGAGUACCGCGCGACGGAGACAGCGCCGAUCCCCCUCCUCCACUAGCCCCACCCGUCCCCCAGUUCGCCCAUGUACCGAUGCGGGCGAUAGGCCUUCGUCCUCGGACGCUGUCCCGCCGGCCCCUUGAUUUCCUCACCCUCGAGCAGAUCCGUACCCCCGUCACCUUCCCUUCCCACCCUUUCCAUCCCCAUCUCUUCCGUGACUUCUACUCUACCCGUUUACUCGCCACCGUCCACCCUCACGCCUCCCUUCAGUCCGCUGCUCCCACAUUCUGAUGGCAUCUCCUGCUGUUCAGUGUUGCAUGAGAGCAAAGUAACAUGGU